CAUACCCGUCGCCAUCUUGUUGUAUAUUACGGAUUUUUGGGGGAAAAAAUAGGCGUAUUCUGAAGAUCCUGCGAAUUUUAUAACAUUUUUCUACAUUGUGAUGAAAUGAUUUAAAAUGGCUUCCCUGAGCAGUGAGCGACAGUUGCGAUUCCGCUGGAAUGACCACAUGCAGCAUGUUUCAAAGGUUUUAACACUGCAAAGGCUAGAGGAGCAGUUCUGUGACGUGACUCUUGUAUCAGAUGAUGGUUUCGUGAUGAAGGCACACCAGGCAAUCUUGGCCUCCACAUCUGCCUAUUUCCAGCGAGUCUUGUCAGAGGUUGCUUCUGAUCAGUAUCCUAUGAUUGUACUUCGAGGGGCAAAGUUCCGUGAGAUGAGCUGUCUCUUAGAUUACAUGUAUCAAGGAAAUACACAGGUAGAUCAGAGUUUGAUGGAAUCUGUCCUUGAGGUUGCUGAUAUGCUCGAGGUGAAGGGGCUCUCACGUAUACGUUCCAAUACUUCCCUAAAGAAAUUCAUGGGACAUACAUCCCCAACUGCCUCAAAUACACCAGUCACAGAGGAGCCAAGGUCAGGCUGCAGGUCUCCAGAGGAUCAGUUCUAUCAAAGCAACCAACAGGAAAGCAGGACCCUUGAGGCAGAUGGAGGAUGGAGGGGGUUGCAAGGCAGCACAGUGAAUGACAAUGGCCCUUCCAAGGAGAACAUUCACACACCAGCAGAAGCGAUCUCUACCUCUCACACACCAGCUCAUGCUCCUUGCCACCAAGGCAACACCCAGGAGGACCAGGAUGAAACACAGACUUCAGGCAUUGAUCUUUCCUUAGCUAAGAAUGAACCUUGGUCACCCAGGGAAGGUAUUGCUCAUGCAGGACCAAAAGAAGAUAUUGAAGAAGAAGGAUUAGGCCCAGCAAAGAAAAAAAGAAAGCAUCAGGAGAGCCUCUGUUCAGAAGUAACUCUAGAUCAAGUUUCUGAUCCAGACUGGGGAAGAAUAGCCACCAAGUUGGAUGAGAGGCCUCUCCACAAGCCAAGAACAAUCAGCCUCACAUCCAUUACGACUACUGAACUAGACCUGAGCCCAGUGCGACACAAGAGUCCUACACCCAAGAGUAAAGAUAGUUUAUCAUCGUCACUGCCUGUUGUGGAGAAGACUCUAGAGGUGCCUUGUGAAGAUGGUCCCUUGACCAUUAGCCUCACCACAGGCCAGGAGAGCGAAAACUGGCGCACCUUGGCUAAGAGGAAACCCCUGUUUUGCACAUCUCUUUCCCUGCGAAGAGCUAAACGUAAAAUCAAAACAAAGCGUAACAUGGACGAAAGUAGGAAGAAGUGGCUAGCAAAGGAGAGGAGAUCAUUGUUUGGAUCAGAGUCAACGGAAAGGCCAAUAACUAGAGCCCUUGAAAGAUUAAAAAGCAAAACAGUUUCUGCAGCACUGGCAUCAAUGGAAAAAGUUAGUGUUAACUGUGACCCACCUUUCCCAACUGAUGAAAGUGGAUCAAAGUGUAAUGGUGACAAAGAAAACAUACUGUUGCAAAAAAGUGCAUCCUCAGAAGAUAACCCCAAAAUAUCUGUUUCAAUUAAGUCCACUUCUAGCAGUAACAAAGACUCUGCUGUAUGGGAACUUUCAGAGAAGAGAACAUCUGACGGUAAGUUUCAAGAAUCAUCAGAUGAAGUAAAAUUUCCUGCUAUAAGCCCCUUGUCUCUCUUUACAUUACCUCCUGUAAAAGAGCGAGAAAAACAGACUCGGACUACAUUGACCCUCGAGGAAAAAGUGAAAGUGAUUGAGGCAUUUUUGGAUGGUAAAUCUCAGCGUCAGAUUGCACAUAUGUAUGGAAUUGGGAAAACUCAAGUUAGUGGAAUAAUUAAGAGAAGGGAAGAAAUUCUCACUAUAUAUAGAGAUAGCCUUCUCAGAGGUGAGAAGCUAACUAUGAAGAGACAGCGCAAGAGUGAAUAUGCAUUGUUGAAUCAGCACCUUAUUCAGUGGUAUAGGCACAUGACUGUAGUUGCAGGGGUUAAGAUUACUACUGGAAUGCUGCGAGCAAAAGCUCUGCAAAUUGCACCUGAACUUGGUUAUCAUGAUUUCAAAGCAUCAAAUGGAUGGCUUGCCACAUUCAAAGCUAAUAACAAUCUGAAAUUUUCAAAACAGAGAAAAUCAGAUUCUUGUGAUGAACAGGGAAAUGCUGAGAAUGAUUCUGGUCAUAACAGGGAUGAUGAUGAAUCCUUUUUUGAAGAUGGAGAAGGGGAUAAUUCUUCUAGUCACUUACCAAUCAUAAAGCACAUUGCUGGGCCAAGCAAUAUGACUCCAGGUUCUACAAACCAUGAAGGAGGCAAUUCUGAAAUUACCCUUAAUCGCAAUUCACAGCCUGGGGAUUCUUCAUCAGCCGCGCAGGCUGACCAGGGAACAUCACUCAUUCAUCCUGGUCUUGCUGCUGCAGGAGUGUCUAAAGCCCCACAGAUGGUUAACACUACCUUAGGUGCUAACCUAACUGCUGCUGCAUACAACUUAUCACGAGACUUAACAAGAGAUCUCACUCGAGGAGAUGCCACUACUGCUGGUGAUCUUUCAACUGCAGCUAUGAACUCUAGUCCUCUCAACCACUCUGUCUCAGCACUGAAUGUUAGUCGCGCAGUCAUUGACAAUUCAUUAAGUAAACCAUCAGAUACAGCCCUCUCAACAUACAAGUCAGAGGAGCCAAUAGGAUAUGGAUAUGACCCACAAAACCGCAUGACAGAUACAAGUAGUCGCGGUACAGAAUACAACUACACUCCUUAUGGAUUUCCUGGGGGAUACUAUGGCUAUCACUUUCUUGGACAGUAUUAACAUAUGUGUUCAUGUGUGUGCCAGCACCAAAAAUGAUGUGCUUGUGUUAUCAUAUUUAUUUUUCUCAUUGCCAUUUUGUUGGCAUGUUAACUCUACUGUGAAGUAUUGACAAAAACUACAAAAGUAAAUAGCAUGAUAUAUUAUUCUUUUUUGUAAAUAUUUUUCAUAUUUGGAAGGAUGGCAUCUAUUGGUAUUAUAAGGUCUUUAAUGUAAUGUAUGUUGAAAAAAAUCUUUAAAUGUUAAUGAUGUAUCUUCUUGAAUUAUAUUUUAAAUGUUAACUUUAAGUUUUUAGUUAAAGCCAAAGGUGAGGUAGUUUUCAUACUUCUGAGACCCAAUAGAUUUAUUAUUGAAUUCAUAUAAAUGAUUGUUUUCAUCUGUGAUAUAUGUAGUGCCAAGCAGCUACAUAACCUCUUUAGAGUGAAGACUUGUAUAUACAUAACCCCUAGCAAUUAAGUUCCCAGUAGUUGGGACCUUAACUAGUUUGUAUACUGUACUUGGAUCUCAUAUUUAUUACUGAUAAUACAACUGUAAUAACUGAAGGGUUUAUUACACAAGUGAGGAUACAAUAUUCCUGAGUCUGAUUUGUAAACAUAAAGAUUCUGAUAAUAAACAUAGUGACAAACA